AUGCACAAGCUGGUUUCUUGUCUGCUUUUCAUAGGAUGCUUACAACCUCUCUUCUCUCUGCCCGUCCCUGACUCCAGGGAAGAGGCUCUGAAGCUCUCAGCACCUGAUGGAGACGCAAGAUCAACCUUGGAUGAACUGGAAAGAGUGUACCUCCUACAAAUGCUGGAGAUGUUAGGGGCAGAGAGAGGCGACAGUCUUAGGAAAGCAGGUCUUGGUACUGGCACUGCUAACCCGCGAGGAGGUAUGAGACAGUUUCAAGCUUUCUUUGGACAAGAUCCUAACAUUUUCCUGAGUCAGCUUUUGGCCAGAAUCAGGAAACAAUAUAAGAAACGUGGAUCUCCCUCUGAAUGCUUCUGGAAAUACUGUGUCUGAAGUAAAACGAACAUCUAUUAGUCAACUCAAAAACAACCACCUUAGAAAGUUAAAAAUAAAAAUGUCUGACUUGAAAACAGCAUAGAAAAAAACU